AUGACGCACUUCCGCAAACUUGGAGCGGAAGUUGUGUUGUUGUUGUUGUGUCGUGGGGGUUGAGCCCGCCGUCUCGAGUUAUUUAGGAUGCUUCGCUCGCUCUCUUUGUGUUUAUAUCUGUCUGAAGCGGCGGGCUGAAUGGCGUAGUCAGACGCGGUGGUUUUUCAGUCGCAUGUCGUUAUUAUUUCAGGGUUUGGGCAGGGAUGGACUCGCUCUUCGGGACCGCGGCUGCGGCGCAAAAGUCCUGCUCUGGAGCCGCCAGCAGAAAAACCGCCAAAAACGGCAGCAAAAAGUGCAAAAACCGCUCAGCCCGAUAUCCAAAAGCAAGCAAUAAUCUGCCUUAUCUACCUCCAGAGGCUGAAGAGGGAAACAUUGAGUACAAGCUGAAGCUGGUGAACCCCACGCAGUACCGCUUCGAGCACCUGGCCACACAGAUGAAGUGGCGCCUGCAGGAGGGCCACGGGGAGGCCGUGUAUCAGAUCGGCGUGGAGGACAACGGGCUGCUGGUGGGCCUGACGGAGGAGGACAUGAAGGCCUCUCUCAAAACACUGCGCAGGAUGGCUGAGAGGGUGGGUGCAGACAUCACGGUUCUCAGAGAGAGGGAGGUGGAUUACGACUCGGACGAGCCUCACAUAAUCGCUGAGGUGCUCGUCAGGAAAGUGCCAGAUGAUCAGCAGUUCCUGGACCUGCGGGUAGCAGUGCUGGGUAACGUGGACUCAGGGAAGUCCACUCUGCUUGGUGUGCUUACACAAGGAGAGCUGGACAACGGGAGAGGGAGAGCGCGACUCAACCUCUUCAGACACCUUCAUGAAAUCCAGACCGGACGAACCUCGAGUAUCAGCAUUGAGAUCCUGGGCUUCGACAGCAGAGGAGAGGUGGUGAACUACAGCGAGUCCCGAACGGCGGAGGAAAUCUGCGAGAGUGCCUCAAAAAUGAUCACCUUCAUAGACCUGGCAGGCCACCACAAGUACCUCAAGACCACCAUCUUUGGCUUAACCAGCUACUGUCCAGACUUUGCCAUGCUCGUGGUCAGCGCCAACACUGGCAUCGCGGGGACGACUCGAGAGCACCUGGGUCUGGCCAUGGCGCUGAAGGUGCCCAUCUUCAUUGUGGUGAGUAAGGUGGACCUGUGCGCCAAAGGCACCGUGGAGCGCACCGUCCGACAGCUCGAGCGCAUCCUCAAGCAGCCGGGCUGCAACAAAGUGCCCAUGCUGGUGUCCUCCACAGACGACGCCGUCACUGCCGCCCAGAAGUUUGCACAGUCGCCCAGCAUCACCCCUAUCUUCACCCUGUCCAGCGUAUCAGGGGAAAGUCUGGAUUUGCUGAAGGUCUUCUUUAAUAUUCUACCUCCCCUCAGCGACUGCAAGGAGCAGGAGGAGCUCAUGCAGCAGCUCACAGAGUUCCAGGUUGACGAGAUCUACACAGUGCCGGAUGUGGGGACAGUAGUUGGUGGGACUCUUUACAGUGGGAUCUGCCGCGAGGGAGAGCAGCUGGUGGUCGGACCCACAGACGACGGGAAGUUUCGUGAGCUGACUGUGUGCAGUAUCCAGAGGAAUCGCUCCGGGUGCAGGGUGCUGAGAGCCAGACAGGCCGCUACUCUGGCGCUGGGAGAUUUCGACCGUUCACUAUUACGAAAGGGAAUGGUGAUGGUCAGCCCAGAGAUGAACCCCACUAUCUGCUGGCGCUUUGAGGCUGAGAUCGUUUUACUCUUCCACACCAAAACUUUCCACAAGGGCUUCCAGGUGACGGUGCAUGUGGGCAACGUUAGACAGACGGCCACGGUCGAGGCUCUGCAAGGAAAGGACGAGCUGUGCACCGGCGAGAAGGCAGUGGUGCGCUUCAAGUUCAUCAAGCACCCCGAGUAUCUGAAGGUGGGCGCCAAGCUGCUCUUCAGAGAGGGAGUCACCAAAGGCAUCGGCCAGGUCAUCAAACUACAGCCAUCCAAACACGGCUCUUCCCAUCACGCCCCAGAGUCAGUCCUGUGAAGCUUGAACACGGCCGUCACUUCAGUGGAGCUCCACUUAACUCGGUUUACAGUCAUCCAGACAUCAUCCAUGUUUUUAGCCUUCAGACAGCACUGAAUAACACUGCCGGCCUUUAUAAUGACACAAUCCUCCCGUCAUUAUUCACUAACCAAAGGACAGAGAGCGAGUUUUUCUUUAGCUAAUUUUGUCGUUUUUAUUAGCGAUGUCAAUGAAGAAUCUCGUGGCAGCUCCGGUUGUGAGAGUGAAAUCAUCGCUCUGCUGUACCAAACGCCAGAAAGCCGCCUCUCUGAUGUCUUUUUAUUUAUUUUAGCGCUUUUACUCUCAAGCUUUAACAGCACAGGCUUUAGAUCUCUGCUAGAAGUCACCAAGUGUUCCUGCGUUGCUUCUGACGCUUCAGAAGUGGCUCUGCCUUGACCUGACACCAGCGUGCGUUUCUGCCUGCACUGCAGUGCUUUAGUAGUUCAGGAAAGCAUUACGUUCACACAUCACUGAUUAUGCAAAGCAGACUUUAUUCCUGCUCUCGGUCUCAUUUUCUCUGUAAGCUGCAGUCACUAGUGUAGUGUGCUACACUGAGCACUUGGUUUGGUGCUAACGCUCUUGAUUGGUUGUUUUUAGAUGUUGAACAGGGGUUUGUUAGCUAGCGCUGUCCUGUAACCAUCGCAUGCAUGUUGGUCUCAGUACUGAAUCACAUAUCAGAACAUGUUCACGCUCAAGUUUCUACUAUAUCACUGUUCUGUGUGCAAUUUUAGAAGAAAAAAA